AUGAUAAAAAACAAAAUUGGUUUACUCGUCAACAAUCGCUUCCGAAUUAUGCAAAGUAUUGCUUCUGGUUCAUAUGGUGAAAUUUUUGCAGCAGAGGAUUUGCACAGUCCUGGAGUUAAAAAACAAAGAGUUGCUGUUUACAAAUCCGUUCUUUAUGAAGAUGGAAAUGGAAAAGUGGAAGGUUUUCCUCAAGUUUAUUGUUAUGACCACGAAUUUGGACAUAACACGAUUGUAUCACUUGGUGAGCAGAUGAUUCACAGAAUAAGGCAUCUACACCAACGCGGAUUUAUCCAUCGAGAUAUUAAACCAGAAAAUUUUCUGAUGGGAUUGCCUCCUGGAAAAGAAAGCACUCUUUAUUUAAUCGACUUUGGUUUGGCGAGAAGAUAUCGGUAUGGUUACUUAUUUUGUUUUAAAAGCCCCUACUGCUGGAGAUUUUAACCUUUUACUAACCUGUAUCUGGACCCAGACCUUUAUUUUCCUGGAUCCAAAGUCAUGAUCAAGGCAUUUUUCAGUGUUCCUUGAUUCUUCCUUGUCCUUGAAUUUUCCUUAAGGUCAAGAAUCCGGUCAAGAUUUUAUUUUUCCUCAAUUAAAAUAAGGAUUUUUUAAAUUUCCGAUCUCUCCUACUAACCUCUAAUUAAUUUUUUGGAUUCGUCAAGAUCCUGCCCAUACUUUUCUUCUUCUCUGGCCUAUUCUUUGUCCUAUGUUCUCACUUUACCUUCGUUUAAUUUAAUUACCUCUCUUGUUUUAGAUUUCGUGAAG